AUGGAUACCCUUGUCGCGGAGUAUCCUAAUCUCGUCUCCAAAAUCAAUAUUGGAUCAACAUAUGAAGGUCCUGGAGCCAGUAACUACCCCUGCUCUGAUUCCUACCAUGGCCCCUUUGCUGAGUCUGAAGUGGAGGUGAAGAACAUUGUGAAUUUCAUCAAGCAGCAUGGCCAGAUCAAGUCUUUCAUCAGCGUCCACAGCUACUCUCAACUCCUCAUGGUCCCCUAUGGAUACACAUGCAACAAACCUGCUGACUACCAAGAACUGGAGAACGUCGGAAAAUCAGCAUCAAGUGCCUUGAAAUCUCUGUAUGGAACCAGCUACCAGGUUGGAAACAUCUGUGACAUUAUCUAUCCAGCGAGCGGAGGCAGCAUUGACUGGUCUUACAACUAUGGCAUCAAGUACUCGUUUGCUUUUGAGCUGCGUGACACGGGUCGAUAUGCUUUCAUCCUGCCAGCCAAUCAAAUAAUUCCUACAGCUAAAGAAACCUGGCUAGCCCUUAUGCAUAUCAUGCAAUAUGUACAGGCUCACCCAUAUUAAGAACUUUGAUUCAGGCUCAAAAGCUAAACUAUCCCAUUACCUUCAAACUGUAUGCUACAGCAAUGUGUCGUUUCUGUUGUGGUGGUAUUGUAAUUUGCAUUUAGAAUUUGUUGGGCCCCAAAUAAGUCAUUGAGGUUGGUCUCGUGUUGGUUCAUAUAUUUUCCACGAUGAGUGUUGUGAAGGUCCUUUUGGUAGUGAAUGUUGUAGAAUUACAGUUCUAGCACUUUUGAAUUUUUAAUAAAACUAUUCCCUUGCUUAUAUAUUGAUGCUGACACCAUGGGAUCCUUCAAGAAGCUGCUUGAUGAGAUUUUGAGAACAAUAAGCUACUAACAACCAAACGACUUUGAUUUAUUUAAAAUGUGUUUCAUUAAAGCUCUAGCAGACAUUUUAUAAAGUACACCGUACAUCGGUUUAGUCAUUUUUGUGUUAACUUAAGUUUUUUUACUAAGCCAAACCACAAUGAACACAAAUUCUGUAUGG